CGGACCACUACGUAAGCUGACUAGAAUUUUUCGGAAAUUCAUUCAAGAGCUUCGGUAGCUUGCCAGAAGACACUGGCUCUCUCUCGGAGCACUGGAGUGGGAAAAAUGGCGUUGGAGGUAAAACCAUGCGGUGGCGCCGCUGCAGUGCUACUCUCAUUUAGGCGGUCUCUGAAUCCAUUCCCAAGCCGCUUGUCUUUCCAGGCCAUCGAACCUACUUCUCAAGGAUUUCGUCGCUUCACACCUUUGGCUGUUGUCAAAAGAAGCCCUAAACGCCUCAAGUAUUCUUCCCCUCUCUUCACCAAGGAGGAUGGUCUGCUCUAUGUUGAAGUUGAUCCAUUGGGAGUGGACUCUUGGAAAUUGGAUCCAGUUGUUGAACUUCUGAAACAGGGAGCUGUCGGGGUUAUUCCCACGGAUACAGUGUAUGCUAUAGCUUGUGAUCCGAGAAGUAACUCAGCCAUUGAACGUCUCCGUAGAAUAAAGAAUGUAGAAAUUUUCAAGCCCCUUAGCAUCUUAUGUCGUUCCUUGCGGGACAUAGAUACAUAUACUACUGGAUUCCCUCGUGGUAAUGCUCAAGGUUUUUCCAACGUUUUUCGAGCUGUAAAGCAUUGCUUGCCUGGCCCUUACACUUUCAUUUUAACUGCAAGCAAAGCACUGCCAAAACAGUGUAUAAGAUAUGGAACUACAACUUCCAAAUAUGCAUCGAGGAAAAAUGUUGGUGUGCGUAUGCCUGAUGAUGCUGUAUGUCAAGCAAUUCUAGAGAAGAUGGAUGCACCUUUAAUAUCCACAAGUGUGAAGUCACCAAAGGAACAUGAGUGGAUAAUCGAUCCGGUUGUAAUCGCUGAUAUAUAUGGACCAGAGGGUCUUGAUUUUCUUGUUGAUGCUGGUGUCAGAGUGGCUGAUCCGUCCACUGUAGUUGACAUGACUGGGAGUUUUCCUAAAAUCAUACGGCAAGGAAAGGGACCUAAACAGCAUUGGAUGUUAGCAGAAGAUGACGCUGUGGAAGAAAAAGACCUCAAUCCUUAUGCUGCUUAGAAACUACACCUUCCUUAAGGGAAACCUGUACAGUGUCAAAAUGCUAAUCACGUAAAACCAUGGAAGUUUAUUGUUGGCUUACUCACUUGGUUUGACAACAUAUUUUUGGGUGGACUAGCACCACCACUUCAAGCAAAGGGAAAGGAAGUUGUGCAUUGUUUUGUAAAUGUUUAGUCAGUAAAUGAAAUAAGAAGAGGGAACUUUUAUGGUCUAUGGUGCUU